GUGGAUUUUAAAAAAUGGAGUUGGUGAACGCGCUGGAAUUACUUCAGAUAAAAACUGUGAAUAAAGUGUGGGUAGAUACAAUCUGGGAUUUUGAAUUCACUGACGCGGAACCACUCGACGCUGGAAUUCAAGACGUGAUCACUGAAAAUGGAGCGGAGGCGUUCAGAGCGGUGUACAAAUGUCUUUUGCCUUUUGCUACCGACAGCGAAGCAGGCUUGGAAAGUGUCUGGGCCGUAUUUGGAGAGAAUGGGAUCUCUGUGGACGCCAUCGUCGCCGUGCUCUCCCACUUCUUUCUUAAAGUGAAUGCCAGAACAGCUACGCUCUCUCAGAGACUGAUUGCACUGCACGCAGGCUCCAUCUACCUCCUGCUGCUGGCGAUCCCAGGCAACAUAGCCAACAAAGUGUUUCAUCCGGUCCUAUUUGACACAUGUCUGGAUUUGAUGAAGAAGUGCUGGCCCCAGGAGAUGGCCAAGAAGCGCAAGAAGGAUAGCAUCAGGAGCUCCCAGUCUGACCCUAAGGGCAGGAAACGAUCCAAACCCACCAGGGAGGAUGCUGAGGAGAUGGAGAUUGAUGAUCCUGAGGAAGAGGACCUGGAAGAGGAGCAGUUUUUCUCCCCACAGGAUAUCCUGCAGAUCCGAGAAGCUACCGUCGCCCUGGUCAAAACCCUGCUGAGGCUACUGACCAAACUACCUCUGAGGGACAAGCCCCAGAGUGUUCAGAACUGCGCUCAGAUUUUCGCUGAGCUCACCAGCUUUGAGCCAAUGAUUGGGGAGUUGACAUUUACAGAUGGAGAGGAUGUCGAUCGCAUGAAAACUCUGCCAGAAUUGGCCUAUCGGGGGCUGAAACUGCUUUGUUCUCCAAAACAUGGGAAUGAAAAUGAGGCCAUGCGGCAGGUGUUCCACCGGCUCCUGUACAUCAUCCUCAUGAUGAGCGAUGGGGAUUGUGCCAGGCCUUCGCUCCUCGUCCCCUCGCAGGCUGUCCUGUCCUCCAGGGAGCAGGCCAUAAGAUUCGUGAGUCACAUAGUUGAUGAGCUGAAGGAGUCCACCUUGCCCAUUCUUCGAAUCCUUAUUCAGCACAUUUGUGUCCAGAUGGUUGAUAGAGUGGAGUAUCGAACCAGUGGAGCACAAGCUGUAGUGAAGCUAUUGGCUAAAAUGCCAUGUGCUGACUACGCUUCCUUCAUGAAGUGGCUGUAUGGCUAUUCCAGAAACCCCAAGGUGGUGUACCGGGUGUUUGCCCUGGAUGUGGCCAUGGCUCUGUUGGAGCAGCCCGAGCGAGAGCCCGACCCCUCCUUGUCUCCAGAAUUAGCUGCCUUCCUGCAGCACAAGUUUUUGGUCCAGGAAAUGGUAUUUGGCAGGCGCUCAGACCGGGCCGCUACCGUCCGCGGCCACGCCCUCACCUGCCUUGCCCAGUGCCUCGAGCUGCCGUCCACCAUUGCCAGAGAGAGCAUCCAAGAGCUCUUUUCUCCCAGUGCUACACAGACAGUGCUGGAGGCAGGGGAUUCUGAAGAAACAAACAUACAGAAGACUGCUUUAAACUUCAAGACCAUUGAAAUUUCCAGUAAAGGAGACGUCAGCACUACUGAUAUGAAGGAGAUGAUGGCCUUGCUCAAACGGCGUGUCGGUGACCACAAGACCAAUGUGAGGAAGGCUGCCCUGCAGGCGCUGAUGAGCCUCCUGAAGCACGGAGUGAUCCCCUGUAGCGAGGAAAACCUGUCCAUCCUGUCGGACCGCUGCCGAGACCCCGCCGUGUCCGUCAAGAAGAAGGCCCUGCAGUGUCUCAUGGACCUGCUUACUGCCCAGCCCAAAAGCAGCCUGGUGCAGAAGGCCUGGCUGACGGGCGUGGUGCCUGCUGUUUCAGACAACGAGACCUCCGUCCUGGAGAAGGCUCUGGAGUGCCUGGAUCACACCAUCCUUGCCCAGAUCAAGAACUACAGAGGCUAUAAGGCUGAGGACAUCCCACAGAAACUGGCCUGGGACCUGCUGGGACUGCUGUGUGGGGAGAACCAAGGCCUGAGCCGUUACUUCAGCAAGGCGUUUACUGCGUGGUCCAAACGGAACAAGUUUACCUCUUCCUUUAUCAACAACGUGAUCUCCCACGUUGAGGCAGAGCACGCCCCAGCAGCCUGGCUGGUGCUGUCCAAGGUGGCCAGUUCUUCCCCCAGGCUGGACUACAGCAAGAUCCUGGAUGCCUGGGACGACAUGGUCAGGAACCUCGAUGUCACUGUGGUAACAUUCCGCCACAUCCUGUCUGUGAUUGGGGACAUUGCCCCGCAUCUCAACGAAGACACCAAAAGCAGGAUAGUUGAUGACAUCAUGAAGUGGCUGAAGAGUUUUGCGAUGCCUCUGGAGGUGAUUAGCGCCAGUGUGGAAGUCCUGUACCAGCUGGGCCGGACCGAGAAAGUGGAGGACACUCAGAAUUUCCUGAACCAGCACUGUGGUGAGUUGGUUUCCAUUUGUGAGUCCUACCUGUCCAGCAUCAUCCUGAACGAAGAUGGAGUGCAGAACUUCAAUGAAGACCUGGUGGUGAAACAUCUGUUUACCCUGGGAUGUGCCGCGCUGCAGUGCCCUGCCAGAGUGGGCAAAAGGAUCUUCCUCCUGGUCCAGUCCAUUCUGGCCUCAAACGUGGAGCUGCAGGCUGCCGACGGGUCAGACGAGCUCCCUCCCACCCAGCCCCUGUCCCAGUUCAAGCCGUCCUCCAUGCCAACAGUGGUCAGAGCCCACGCCUUCAUCACUCUGGGAAAGCUGUGCCUGCAGCACGAGGAGCUGGCCGCCCGCUGCCUCCCCGCCCUCGCCCGCGAGCUGGAGGUCAGCCAGGAGGUGGCCGUGCGCAACAACGUGAUGGUGGUCAUGUGCGACCUGUGUGUGCGCUACACCAACAUGGUGGACCGCUACAUCCCCAACAUCUCCGCCUGCCUGAAGGACUGCGAGCCCCUGAUCCGCGAGCAGACCCUCAUCAUGCUCGCCAACCUGCUGCAGGAGGAGUAUGUGAAAUGGAAAGAGUCCUUAUUCUUCCGCUUUGUUAGCAUGCUUGUGGACCCAGAGCCCAAAAUUGCUAGGCUUUGUGAGUUCUGCCUGGUGCAUCUGCUCCUCAAAAGGAACCCGAUAAUGUUCUCCCAGCACUUCAUCGAGUGCAUUUUCCACUUCAACUGCUAUGAGAAGCACGAGAAGUAUAACAAGUUUCCACAAACACCUAGUGAGAAGACCAGGUUCUCCUUAAGAGGCUCCACACACAAGGAGAAGCGGAUGAAGAUCUACAAGUUCCUGCUGGAGCACUUCACCGACGAACAGCGCUUUAACAUCAUCAGCAAAAUUAGCCAGAACAUUCUGGCAAGCUUUGUGGACGGUGUGCUGCCCCUGGACGCAGAGGGCUAUGAGCUGCUGUCCGACACCUUCGAGGUUCUGAGCCUGAAGGAGAUCAAGCUGUCCGUCAUGCGCUGCUCGGCCGACCGCGACGAGCAGGAGGAGGAUGACGCGAUGGCCAUGGCGAACGCCGUCAUGCAGGUGGCUCAGAAGAAGCUCAUCUCGCAGGUCCAGAAGAAGAAUUUCAUUGAAAACGUGAUUCCAAUCAUCAUUUCCCUGAAAGUUAUGCUGGAGGAGAAGCGUUCCCCGGUGCUGAGGGAGCUGAUGGGCUAUUUGCAGGUGAUGAUGCAGGACUACCCCAACGAGGUGAAGGACUUUUUCGGGGCAGACGAACAGCUGGCCACAGAGCUGGAGUACGACCUGAAGAAGUUUGAGAAGGAGCAGGAGCUGGAGCAACAGAUGGCCAACUGCAGCGUGGCGGACGCCGCCCCCGUGAAAGCCCAAAGGGUCAGCGCCACCCCAGGAGCCACCCCGGGGUCUUCACGAGCAUCCCCAGCUCCAGCAGCAAUCCAGGGUGUCCAGUCCGCCAUGGCCACGCCCCAGCCCCCUGGCUCCGCCUGUCGUUUCCUCACCCCCAGGCCUGCGAGCUCUGCUAGGCGCCAGAAACCGACCACUGUGGAGGUGCUGACCAAUGCCCAGAAGGUGGUGGAGAGAAGCAGGCUGCUCAAGACCCGUGUGCCAUCCACCACCAACAAAAACGCAACGCCCCUCAGCCGCGCCUCAGGCAUUCCUGAGGAGGCCUGUUCCACUGGUCGCAGCUCAUCCAUUGGCAAUAGAGCGAUCAGCACCCCACAGUGGAACAUGAGUGAACUGACAUUCGGAGAGGCAGUCAGCGGCAUUCUCAGCACCUCCGAAACAGAGUCAAAGAAUGCUAGGAAGGAUGAUGACAAUAUCCUCUACUUUAUGUCCCCUGAUAAGCCAACUCCACCGCCCAGGCAGUGGAAUGUGGAAUCCCCUCUCUUGCGAAGAGGAGCAAGAAGAUCGUAGCUUGGAAACAAACUUCUCACUCCAUAGCCGUGUCCUCUCCCAGCAAUCUGUCUAUCCUCUGUUUGUAAACCACAUUUAAUUAUUUCCUCUGUACUCUAUAUCGACUCCUGAUUAA